UUUGACGUUGUAACCAUUGGUUUUGUGUAUUUUUCCUUUUAGUUAUUAUUAUUGCGGCUGUUUAUGAUCAUGGCUAAAGCUGUAUCGACCUUGUCAUAUGUCUUCUUUCUGCUGUUCUUUUUCUUUGCUAAGAUUAUUAAUGGUACCGAGUCGAAUGAAGAAGUUGGAGUGUACGAGUUGAAGAGGGGAGAUUUUUCUGUGAAGCUCACCAACUAUGGUGCAACUGUGAUCUCUGUAAUUCUCCCUGAUAAAAACGGGAAACUAGAUGAUGUCGUUCUUGGAUACGAUUCAGUAAAGGAGUACAAGAAUGAUACAACCCACUUCGGAGCCAUUGUUGGACGAGUUGCUAACAGAAUUGGAGGGGCUGAAUUCACUUUGAAUGGAACCAAAUAUAAAUUAGUUGCUAAUGAUGGAAACAACACACUCCACGGUGGCCCUAAGGGAUUUGGUGAUGUUAUAUGGACAGUAAAGAGUUACAGCAAAGAUAGUCAUAUAACAUUCACGUAUGACAGUUUUGAUGGUGAGGAAGGCUUUCCUGGAAAUGUUUCUGUCUCAGCAACAUACAUGCUCAUUGAUGCAAACAAAUUAGCCCUAAAGAUGGAAGCUAAGGCUCUCAACAAGGCUACACCGGUGAAUUUAGCACAGCACACUUACUGGAAUCUGGGUGGCCACACAAGUGGGGACAUCUUAUCCCACAAUCUCCAGCUUUUUGGGUCACAUAUCACUCCAGUUAAUAACCAACUCAUUCCCACCGGUGAAAUCCUCUCCGUCAAAGGAACAGCAUAUGAUUUUCUCGAACCCAGACCGAUUGGUAGCAGGUUCAAAGAGUUACCCAAUGGAUACGACAUAAACUAUGUGCUAGAUGCUGCAAGUCCCUUUCACUUGAGGAAGGUAGCAGUUGUGCAGGAAAGUGUUUCGGGCAGGAAACUGGAGUUGUGGACAAGUGCACCUGGUGUGCAGUUUUAUACGAGUAACAUGCUGCACGAUGAGAAGGGGAAAGGUGGUUUCAUUUAUAAGGAAUAUGCCGGUCUUUGCUUGGAAACACAGGGAUUCCCUGAUUCUGUGAAUCACCCAAAUUUCCCUUCACAGAUUGUAAAUCCCGGAGAGACCUAUAAGCAUAUCAUGGUUUACAGAUUCACAGCUAAUUAGGAAUUUUUUGGGCAAAAAGUUCAAGGGUAAAGUAUAUAGUGCGAAUAUUCAUGAACUUUGGUUAUUCAUUGUCCAAUCGUGUUAAUAAAAAGGUUAUAUUAAUGAUGUUUAGAAAUAAGUUUUUUUUUUUUUUUUUUUAAUGUCCCUCACAGGACUCAUAUAACUUCUAAAAGUGUUGUUUAUUUUACUUUCGGAG